CAUUUAACACGCAAGGCGUGUUUAGGUUUCACUUGAACUCUGCUCGGGUCAUUUCCAACUUUGUUGAACCUGUUGAACUGAAAGCUGUACUGGACUGAGACAGAAAACCAAAACAUUUUAACAACGUUUCCGAUGGGUGCGUAAAAUCGUUGUCCAGGAGAACGGGCUCGCUCGUUGACAUGUUACCUGGUCGUGAAGGUGUGUGGGCACUUGUUGUCCUUCUGCUAGUUCGGCGAGGUGAGGGAGGCUGUAGGAGCGCAGGCCUGUGCUGCCCUGGACGAGAUCUGUCUUGUGUGACUCAGGACAGGAGGAUAGACGGGGGCAACGGAGACUGCUUCUGCGACCAAGCCUGUCUGUCUACGCUGGACUGCUGUCAUGACUACGAGUUCGCAUGUCCAGCCGUUCCGUGUGUCGUGAGUGAAUGGACUCACUGGUCGGGAUGUGCGGAGCCGUGUCGUGCCACAGUGCGCGUGCGACAGAGAACCGUACUGCAGGACUCCCAGAACGGCGCGCAUCCAUGCCCGGCGCUACAAGAGAACGCAGGCUGCGCGGAGUACCACGAUCGACAGCGCCAGUGUCGUCAGACUCUCGUGCCAGCUCUCAUUACCACUGGUGGCUAUGGCAAUGCCAGAAAAAAGAGGGAUGUCCUGGACACUGGGGACAUUGCUGGGUACUGCGUUGAAUUCCAGCUCACCUCCCUGACUGAGGGCUGUGCGAGAAGCGUUGGCGCUCACACCCGCUGGAUGCAGUACCUGCGCGAGGGUCACCACGUGUGUGUGGAGUGCCAACCGCCGGCCCUGGCCUCAGGACAGACACACUGCUCUGGAGAUGGAGAGAACUCCACCGAGGACGGGAAUGUGUCUCUGCAGUGGCAGGCCGUGGGCAACCCGAGGUGUAGAGGAUUAUGGAAAAGAGUCCGGCGCCAGGAGUCCUGUACCUGCCCCUCUGUACACAGCUUCCUGUUCAUUUAG